CGCCUCUCGCCGUGGGAGCGGCUCUGGCGCUUCGUUCCCACUCCGUGUCGGGGGUCUCCCCCCUUGUCCCCUCGUGCGAAGCGCCCGAACUUCGGUCGCUUGGUUACGUUUGUAAGCGCUGAUUUUGCUUUUGCUCGCUCAGCCGUUCCGCGUCCGCCAGAACCCCCACGCGGACGGCGCAGCGCGGGAGAGGCGCGUUUCCCUCCCGCAGAGCCCGCCCCCGCGAGCACAGGUGCCGGGGCGGCUCGCUGCACGUGCUGCGGCCCUGCGCGCAUGUGUGCUGCGCCGGGCGCGUGCCGCGACCGUUAUCCGCUGAGCGGUCGCCGGGAGCGCGGCACGACGCGGGGCGACUCGGCAGGACCGGAACGCACCGCGGCUCUUCGGAGCGAGCAGUUACUCUUCUACUACCACUCGUACUUAAAAAAAAGAUUAUCCACAACUGCUUGUGCAUUGCAAGAGAAGAGUUGCCCUGAUAAGAGCCCUGGCUGCCCCUGCCCUGCAAGGAGAUCUGAAUGGGAGACACCUGUGGAGCUGCCCAGGCCGUGCAGGGAGCAGCUGCUGGGCCAGAGGCCUGCUGGCGGCAGAAGACGGCAGAGAGACAGCGGCACCCACGGGGCCUCCGCCACUCAAGCGCCCGAAGAAAGAUGCCCCCUAAGCCAGAGCUGCUCCAGCCCUGCCAGACCGUGCUGCAGCAGCAGGGAGGGAGAAGUGCCAGCCUCCAGCCCCCUCCCUGCUGCCACUGAGCGGCAGCCAGACUUCGGGUGCCACCUCUGCUCUUCCACCUUCCAUAGUACCCAGAUUUACAACUGGCCCAGCACAGCAGGAACCUCCCCUGCUCCCACAAGCAGCAGUGUGGCAGGGUCUUUGGGUCCUCCUAACCUCAUCCCUUAAAAAGGCCAUUCCGGCAGAAGCCAUGCUGAUGCUGCCUGCUGGGCAGCCCCAUACUGCCCAAAUGGCACCUGCAGCUGUAACGGGACACGUGCAGGUGGUGGGCUGGCACCACAGUGUGGGACCCGCUGCUGACAGCUGGGACAGCAGCACCUCUUAUAUGUUCAUAAGUUGAGAGGUCUUAGGUAGAUAGUUCUGGAAAGACGUUGGAGUACUAAACCUUCUCCACUGUCACAUCCUUUUAUUUAUGUGUCUAUUUAUCUAUGUAAUGGUUCUGGAAAUAAAUAAACAUUUGAGUAAUGAACCUUUUCAGUUGCCAUCUCCUUUCAUUCAUUCAUUCAUUUCAUGCUCUUUGAACUCCACCAGGCUUUCUAGAGAUCUCUUAGUUUAUUCAGAUAUUGUAUCACUUCAACUGUUCUUAAAGGAAAACAUGCUACUCGGUUUGGUGGUGUUCUCCCUUUCCUACUGAAUCAGCUGUAUCUAACUCCCUUGAUGCCCCAGUCUAUUGCAGCUGUGAUCAAGCAGCUAUUCCAGCAGGUGAAUACCACACUAUUUGUCUACUAAGAAAUACCGUAGCAAAAAGAACUUUUAGUUUUAGUUUCACAACAAAACAUCCAAGAAAAUAAGAAGCAUUUUUAGAUGGCUUCAGAAAGGAGAAUAUAGAGUUAUCUAUUAACAUUCCUGGGAAAAAGGGACUCCUAGAUCUGUGUAAACAUCUUGAAACCUGAAAAGUUGCCACAGAAAAGCCAUAAAGUGACAAUGGUCCACGGCAAAGAACAAAUACUGACAUCCUGCACCACCUUUGAAAAUUAGGACGUGUGCCAUUCCUUUCUCUUUCUCCUCCUUCCACACACACCUUCCAAGUACAUCAUCUGGAGCUCUGGCCCAAAAAUUAUGAUGCAGUUUGCCCUCCCUGUCUCGCUUUAAGAGGCUUUACAAGUAAUUUACUCAAAUAAAACAUAGCUAAGAAAACAUUUUCUAGGCAGUUUCAACCUGCUGACAGAUAGGCAAACUAGUUUAAUCUCUGACAAGUUAUUUGCCAUCAAGCUCAGUGAUCCAGAAGGCAUUGUCCAUAAACUAUUAUAGUCAUUUGCCACAGUGCUCUUCAGACAGUAUGAACAGUUGGUAUUCUUCCAGCUUUAUGAACACAUUUUGUCAAGCUCAAGAAGGCAGACUUUGUGACCCCACCAUCUGCCAUAACCCCUUGUCAGGUUCAGACAAAAGAACUUACACAGAUGGUCUCAAAAUGGAGAUUCUCUACAUUCUGAAUUACUGUUUUACAGCUUGCACCACACAGAUAGAGAAACAAUACUCUGCCUUUUUGUUCUUAGGCUGGUUUCUACUGAAACGAGGAUGCAUAAAGCCCAAAGCACGUGACACACACAUACUGCUUUACUUGAAGUUCUCCAUAAUCUAAAUCUCAGUUUAUAAUCUGCUCCCGUGAGUUUACCUUUUGGUCAAGUAUUGUACAGUUCUGUGAGAGACCAGAACUGUAUAACCACGUAAACUCAGAGAUGUGAUUUCUUUUAGAACUUACAUUGCCCAAUCACUUAUGCUGAUGCCAUUGAAAAGCCACUACGAGCAGUAAAUUUACAAAAACGUAGAUAAUCACACUCUAGUUUAGUUCUCUAUACAGAUCCUUUAUCACAAGUUAAAAAACAGAUCUAUUCUGAAGUGAUACUGAAGCAAAAUUCCAGUAUAAGAAACACUGCAGAAUAGAAAACAGUUAUCUGAGAAAAAUACUAUAUGUAUACUCCUUUGUACAUUAUUUUCUAUGGUUCAAAGUCAUAUUUUAAAUUGUUCCUUUAAGGUAUAUAUGUUGGCUAAAACCUAGUCGUAGAAAAGAAUAAAGCCCCACUCCAGGACAGUUUGUUUUUGGCCCUUGACAACAAAUCUGUAACAAACAUCUUAGAUUUCUUUAACUUCCUCCAAUUUUGACCAGCACUUCACAUAGCAUAGCUUCACAAAGAUCAGCAGCACACAAAGGCCCACCCCAGCCUCACAGGCCGCCUCCCCAUAACACUAACGUAACACCACCCCUCUUCAUAACACUAACUUGCAAGCUGCAGCACUACAGCACUGAUCUCAGAAGACAGCAGUGACAGAAAGAUUCCUCAUUAAUCAAUACAAGCCCUGUUUCAAACUACUAAUUUAUG